AGGAGGAGGAGGAGGAGGGACUGAGCGGCGGCGGCCCCCGCGUCCCGGUGCCUCUAUGGGGAAAGCAGACAAUGGAUUAUGAUUUCAAGGCGAAGCUGGCGGCGGAGCGGGAGCGGGUGGAGGAUUUGUUUGAGUACGAAGGGUGCAAAGUGGGACGCGGCACCUACGGGCACGUCUACAAGGCGAGGCGAAAAGAUGGAUUCCAGGAGGCUUCGUGUAUGGACCUCGAGCGUUGGAGGUAGCAGACUUUUCAGCGGAAGAAAAGAUGAAAAAGAAUAUGCAUUGAAGCAAAUUGAAGGCACAGGAAUAUCUAUGUCGGCUUGUAGAGAGAUUGCACUUUUGCGAGAGUUGAAGCACCCCAAUGUGAUCGCCCUGCAGAAGGUGUUCCUUUCUCACAGUGACAGGAAGGUGUGGCUCCUGUUUGAUUAUGCAGAACAUGAUUUAUGGCAUAUUAUUAAGUUUCACCGUGCAUCAAAAGCAAAUAAAAAGCCCAUGCAGUUGCCAAGAUCUAUGGUUAAAUCAUUACUUUACCAGAUUCUUGAUGGGAUCCAUUACCUCCAUGCAAAUUGGGUGCUUCACAGAGAUCUGAAACCAGCAAAUAUCCUAGUAAUGGGAGAAGGUCCUGAGAGGGGGAGAGUCAAAAUAGCUGACAUGGGUUUUGCCAGAUUGUUCAAUUCUCCUCUAAAGCCACUGGCAGAUCUGGAUCCUGUAGUGGUGACUUUCUGGUAUCGGGCUCCAGAACUUUUGCUUGGCGCAAGGCAUUAUACAAAGGCCAUUGAUAUAUGGGCAAUAGGUUGCAUAUUUGCUGAACUGUUGACUUCAGAACCUAUUUUUCACUGUCGUCAGGAAGAUAUAAAAACAAGCAAUCCUUUUCAUCAUGAUCAAUUAGACCGAAUAUUUAGUGUCAUGGGAUUUCCUGCAGAUAAAGACUGGGAAGAUAUUAGAAAGAUGCCAGAAUACCCAACACUUCAGAAAGACUUUAGAAGAACAACGUACGCCAACAGCAGCCUCAUAAAGUACAUGGAGAAGCACAAGGUCAAGCCUGACAGCAAAGUAUUCCUUUUGCUUCAGAAACUCCUUACGAUGGAUCCAACCAAGAGAAUUACCUCUGAGCAAGCUCUGCAGGAUCCCUAUUUUCAGGAGGACCCCUUGCCGACAUUAGAUGUGUUUGCUGGCUGCCAGAUUCCAUACCCCAAACGAGAAUUCCUUAAUGAAGAUGAACCUGAAGAGAAAGGUGACAAGAACCAGCAACAGCAGCAGAACCAACAUCAGCAGCCCACAGCCCCUCCACAGCAGGCGGCCGCCCCCCCGCAGGCCCCCCCACAGCAGCAGAACAGCACCCAGACCAACGGGACCGCCGGGGGCGCGGGGGCCGGGCCGGCCGGGGCAGGGCUGCAGCACAGCCAGGACUCCGGCCUCAACCAGGUGCCUCCCAACAAGAAACCGCGGCUGGGGCCUUCAGGCACAAACUCGGGCGGGCCUGUCAUGCCCUCAGAUUAUCAGCACUCCAGCUCGCGCCUGAAUUACCAAAGCAGCGUCCAGGGGUCCUCUCAGUCCCAGAGCACGCUAGGCUACGCCUCCUCCUCUCAGCAGAGCGCACAGUACCACCCGUCUCACCAGGCCCACCGCUACUGACCGGCCGCAGCCCAGAGCACAGACUCCAGCAAUACGACAUCUGCAUUGAAGAGAACCAAAAAUGCAAGCUCUGAUGCUGCCAUCCACCUAGGAGGAAAACUAUUUACGGAGCAUUUUGCAAGACUGACUGAUGUCUCUUCUUUGGUGACUUAAAGAAGAUUUUUGUGAAGUUUCCCCAACCGCCUUUCCCUGCAUGUGUUCCAUUGUGACUUCUCUGAUAAAGCGUCUGAUCUAAACCCAGCACUUACCUUCUGUAACCUUCAGCAUCUUUGGGAAGGACUUCCUGGUGCACCUUUCUCAUGCUGUAGCAAUCGCUAUGAUUUAUCUUUUCAAAGCUCUUUUAUUAGGAUUUUAAUGUUUUAGAAACAAGACUCCAGUGGUGUAUAGUUUUAUACUUCAUGAACUGAUCUAGCAACACAGGUAAAUAUGCACCUUUUAAAGCACUACGUGGUUUUCACAAAAUAUAACUCUUUUGUUCAUGGAAGUCUUAAAUGGGAACUGUUACUGUCCCAAAGUACCUUACUAUUACAUUUUUAUUUAUCUGGUUUCAGGGAAGGUCUAAUAAAAAGACAAGUGGUGGGACAGUGGGAACCUGCAACCAAAAACAGCCUAGAUCUUUGCAGUUACUAUGCUUUAUGCUAUGAAGAACUAAAACAUGUGGUAAUUUUUAUAUAAUCAUUCAUAUGGAACUUAGUUCCCAGAAUCAUCUUAUUCUGAAUAGUAUUCAGUAAUUAAGAAUGAUAAUUUUAAACUUCAUGUAGCUUAAGUCUACUUUAAAAAGGGUUUCAAGAGCUUUGAUGAAAUACAGUCCUCUGGUGACUCACACCAGAAAACUGAAGAGAGUAUUAACUGCACUAGGAUUUCUUUAAGAGUAAUGUUGAUCAAAGGAUGUAUUGCUUCCCUUUGAAGGAAAAGCUUUUCUUGUGUAUUGUACAUACAGUUGGCUUCUCUAAAGAACUGUUAGUUUCUUCACAUCUGGGUCAGCUUGAGUAACUUUCUUACAUAAUCAAGGGUACUCAAAUAGAAGCCUGCAAAUUAAUCUGCUUUUAAAACAAAAAGCAGUGUUCUCCAUUCGUAUUUGUGUUAGACAUAGAGUGACUAUUUUUAAAGCAUGUUAAAAGUUUAGGUUUUGUUCAUGUUUCAAGUAUGUAUGAUGUAUGCAUAAUUUUGCUGUUAUUACUGAAACUUAAUUCUAUCAAGAAUCUUUUCAUUGCACUGAAUGCUUUCUUUUGCCCCUAGGAGAAAACUUAAUAAUUGUGCCUAAACUAUGGGCAGAUAGUGUACAACUAUAUUAUCUAAGUACAUAUUUGCAUUUCUCUGAUCUAUGAAUGAGAGGCUGAGUUUGCCCUUAGCCAGUGAGUUCUUUCUUAGCCAGCAUAAAGGAAGCUCCCCAGAGUCCCACAGAAAUGUAAAGACUUAAGAGCUUCCAUCGUAAUGUAAGGGGCAAGAAAUUUGUGUUCUUCUAAAUGCUACUAGCAGCACCAGCCUUGUUUUAAUGUUUUCUUGAGCUAGAAGAAAUAGCGGAUCGUUGUUAUAUGCAAGUUAUAUGCAUUUUUCACUCUUCCUUGUGAACUUAUCUACCUGGUUAUCUCCUCUGGGUCCAUACACAAGUGAAAUAAGAUUUUAGACAGAAGCCAGUAUACAUUUUGCACUAUUGAUGUGAUACUGUAGCCAGCAAGGACCUUCCUGAUCUCAGCAUAAUAAUGCUUAUUAGUAACAAAGACUGUCUAGGGACACUGAUGAACACUGAAGAUGAAACAAUUGACAUGCUCCCUUGGAAGGAAUUUCUGAUUGUCUCCAUGGUAAUUUACUGCUUCCAUUGUUAAAAAUGAGAAAUUAGUAGCCCUCUGCAUAAUGUAGCUACCUGUGUGAAGUUCCGUCCUGGGCCCUGAAGCCUCAGUGUCAUCAGAUCCUCACUGUACCCUCCCCCUGUGCCCAGCAUCAUGCUGGGGGAGAUAGGAAGGGCAAGACAUACUUCCUGUCCUUGAAGAGCUCAUGAUUGAGUUCAUGACAGGAAGCUUUCCUGGGAUGACAGGCUUGUAAAUGAAACCAUCUUAGAACAUGAAGAUCUCUUCGUCUACUUCUAAACCCUCUUGAAGAGAGUUAUUAUCCCAAAUUUUGCCCUAUAAUAAACAAGUAUCAUGGAGAGGUUUCUAUGUUUAUCUACCUUCAAGAAAGCCAACAAUUAAGUAUCACCACAGGCAUUAAUAUAUAUUUGAAAUGUUUACAGCAGCCUUUCAACAACAAUUGGGUGGCCCUUGUAGGCAGAACAUACUCAACUAAGAGUUUGUAGGAAAUUACAGUGAAAAGAGAAGCUCUGUUCCUGCCCUUGAGAUGUGUACAUUUAGUAAAAGACAAACCCAAAUAAGUGCAUGAAUCAUAUAUCAUGCCCUUUAAUACACUUUGAUAUAAAUUCUUGUGAUGUGUGCUUAUAUGAUCACAGGACUACCCUGCUUUCUUUGCAUGUAGUGAAUUUCAGUGGCAGAACUAAUACAGAAGCUGGUGGGGAUUUUACAGUUGUUCCCAGUGUUCUUCACACGGGCUCUAGCCGGAUAUGCCCAUUACACACGUGACUGUUUCUGGUCACUGCGCUGGUACCGGCCCUUUCCUCCUGUGGUUUUGCCUCAGAGUUGGUGAUGCCCACUGGUGUCCAUUACCCUUUGAAAUAAUUUUGGUUCACAAUUUCCUUUUCCUUGUAAAGGAGAACAAAGCCUUUAACAUACUCAUGGGCCCUAAAACUGUGGGCCCUUGAAGGAAACCUGUGAAGAUUUUUGAGGUUAAAAUUUACUUUUGUGUUCCCCAAAUAACCACAUUCCUCUUUAAAAAUUUAUCACAGUCGGUGUCCCCUAAGAAUGCAGGGUGGACAUCCAAACCAGGGGAAGUUACCGAAAGGAAGGGAGGAAUCAAAGCAAAGGCUUUCUGCAUUUCAUAUUACAAAUCAGUUUUUGAGUUAGCUUUUGGUAAGGUGUGUAUUUAGGAUAAAGUAUUCUAGAGUUUCAGGACAGCUGAGCUCACAGGUAAGGCAGCCUGGCGGCAGGACUGACACUAUGAGGCUGAAACAAUCCUUAUGAUGAAGUAGAUCAUGCAGGAACAUACAAAAACCAAGGACAUGUAUAUUUUUAUAUCUGUGUGGUUUUAAAACUUUAGUACUUAGAAUUUUGGCCUUCUGCACUACUCUUUUGCUCUUGUAAACACAAUUCACAUUUAAGAAUGGAAAGGGAUGACAUUUACUUACGUGUUCACUGCCUCAUUCCUGGUGAAGCAACUGCUAGUUGUAUGCCUCUAUAAUGAUGCUGUUUUCUCUGCUGAAGAUAAGAGAAAAAUAGUUGGACAAUAAGCCUUGCAGCUUAAUCUGCUUGGAAUACUUGUAUGUGACAAACUGUACAAUGAAGGAAUAUUCUAUGAAAAUUACAAAUCCUAACCUCUGUAAUGGUAUCUUUCUGGGGAAUGGAGAAAGGCAGUGAAAUGGCAGACUAAAGGAAGCUUGAAGGAUUCAAGUAUAAAUAAUAUUUUAUAUAAAACAUAGCUGUUUAGGUUUCCUUAAUCUUCAAGAAUAGUCACAAAUAUCAUAAGGCAAAGUUCAUUGUUUUAGGGUUUUUUUAAAAUGUGUUGUACCUAAGGCCAUACUUACUCUUCUAUGCUAUCACUGCGAAGGAGUGAUAUGUAUGUAUUAUAUGAAAAAAAAUCCUUAAUGCACUGUUAUCUCCUAAAUAUUUAGUAAAUUAAUACUAUUUAAUUUUUUUAAAAAAUUUGUCUGUGUAGACACUAAAAGUAUUACACAAAAUCUGGACUGAAGAUGUCCUUUUUAACAACAAUUUAAAGUACUUUUUAUAUAUGUUAUGUAGUAUAUCCUUUCUAAACUGCCUAGUUUGUACUUCCCAUAAUUCCUCUAUGUGAAGUGUACCUGUUCUUGUCUCUCUUUUCAGCCAUUUUUCUGCACGCAUCCCCGUUUGUACGACUUUAGACACGACUGUGUAUGCUUUGCACACACACUGUGAGGUGUGCGCUAAGAACCGGCCGCCCCCCAGCGAGGCCCGCUGCCCCCAGAGGGGCCUGCUCCCCGGGGUGCAGGACAAGCUUGCCGCUUUGGAGCCAAGUGUUUCUCGCUUUUGAGUUUUCCUGACAUCCUUCCUGAAAUGACUGUUAGAAAUGAAUUACAUUGCAUUUAUUUUAUAUUCUUGGUUGUAAUAAAAUUUAAUUGACUUUG